GCUAUCUCGUGGAGUCACGUUUACCCAGACAACUUUGUAGGAUAGACUACAUCCCGAGUCCAUCAUCUACCGGAGAAAGACUAAACUUUGAGACUGACCCUCCAAUCACAGGCGACCUUCCUGUCACCGACGACGACCUUCCCAAGAUGGCUGCCGACUCCGCCUCUGACGACAGCAAGUUCCUGCGGCAGGACGACGACUUCAGGAACAGUGGUGUGGGGCAGGCUGAUUGGUCGGCCAAGAAGAUGGUGUGGAUCCCGUCAGAGAAGGAGGGGUUUGAGGCCGCCAGCAUCAAGGAGGAGAAGGGAGACGAUGUGCUGGUAGAGUUGGCUAACGGUAGGAAAGCGACAGUCAACAAGGAUGACAUCCAGAAGAUGAACCCUCCUAAGUUCAGUAAGGUGGAGGACAUGGCAGCUCUAACCUGUCUCAACGAGGCCUCUGUCCUCCACAACCUCAAAGAGAGGUACUUCUCCAGCCUCAUCUACACGUAUUCAGGUCUGUUCUGUGUGGUGGUGAACCCCUAUAAGAUGCUUCCUAUCUACUCUGAGAGAGAUCAUUCAGAUUUAUAA